GAAUCGUCACUAUCUUUCAUCUCCCUUCAACCCAUUUCUCUCUCUAGCUUUCUCGCUCCUUUUUCUCUGAAAGUUGUGAGAGAAAAAAGAAAAGAAAAAAGAAAAUGAUGAAGCCCUCAAUGCUCAGAUCCCUCCACUCAGCCGUCGCCCGCGGCUCCUCUCACCUGGCUCGCCGUGGCUACACCACCGAGCCGGUGCCGGAGCGCAAGGUGGCUAUCUUGGGGGCCGCCGGCGGUAUCGGACAGCCACUUUCUCUGCUGAUGAAGCUGAACCCUCUCGUUUCCAGCCUCUCCCUUUACGAUAUUGGCGGCACCCCUGGCGUCGCCGCCGAUGUCAGCCACAUCAACACCAGAUCUGAGGUAGUUGGGUACCAAGGUGAAGAAGAGCUUGGAAAGGCUUUGGAAGGAGCAGAUGUUAUUAUAAUCCCCGCUGGUGUGCCCAGAAAGCCUGGAAUGACUCGUGAUGAUCUUUUCAACAUUAAUGCUGGCAUUGUGAAGUCGCUGUGUACUGCUAUUGCCAAGUACUGUCCCAAUGCCCUUGUGAACAUGAUAAGCAAUCCUGUGAAUUCCACUGUUCCUAUUGCUGCUGAGGUUUUCAAGAAGGCAGGGACAUAUGAUGAGAAGAGGUUGUUUGGUGUUACCACCCUUGAUGUUGUUAGGGCAAAAACUUUCUAUGCUGGGAAGGCCAAAGUUCCAGUUGCUGAGGUCAAUGUACCUGUUGUAGGUGGCCAUGCAGGCAUUACUAUUCUGCCACUAUUUUCUCAGGCUACACCACAAGCCAAUCUGGGUGAUGAUGAAAUUCAGGCUCUUACAAAGAGGACACAAGAAGGAGGAACAGAAGUUGUGGAAGCUAAGGCUGGAAAGGGUUCUGCGACUUUGUCCAUGGCUUAUGCUGGAGCCAUUUUCGCUGAUGCUUGCCUCAAGGGCCUUAAUGGGGUUCCAGAUGUUGUUGAGUGCUCAUUUGUGCAAUCUAAUGUCACUGAACUUCCUUUCUUUGCUUCCAAGGUGAGGCUUGGGAAGAAUGGUGUGGAGGAAGUUUUGGGCUUGGGAUCUCUCUCAGAUUUUGAGAAACAAGGCCUUGAAAGCCUCAAGUCUGAACUCAAAGCAUCUAUUGAGAAGGGUAUCAAAUUUGCCAACCAGUAAUUGAACAUGUCUAGUAGGUUGCUGGAUAUUCCAUUAAGAGAACCAAAUCGAAUUUUGCAAUCUCAGAACCAUUGCUGUAAUGUUGCCGACAGUGGUGACGGCUUGUUGUUUUAUUUAGAGUAGGUAUACGCCAUUGUUUAAUAAUUAAAUCUGCGAGAGCAGUUUCUUGCCGAAGGGAUUUAUCUUAAAACCAGUUUUAGGUUGGCCAUUCCAUUCAUAAUGGCACUCUUUAACUUAAUGUAUGGUUUCAUAUAAUGCAAUUGCAGGGUGUUGUACCCUUUUUCCUCA